AUGUCUCUCUCCAGGAGACCCUUUAAUCUUAUAUCCAUUUCAUACGUUAAACGUUGCCACUAUGGUAGUAGGGACCUUAUUCGAUGUUUAAUGAAUAACUCAUUGGUAGUUUUACUGUUUUUAGGAAACCAUUUUACCCUUUCUUUACAACAAUUCAUCGAAUUGUUUUUCAGAAGAAGCAGUCCCAUGUUGAUGCCAAAAAUGUGGAAGAGGAUUUAUUGCUGGGUUCCCUUUGUGUACAUUUCCUUACACUUCAGAAGAGUUCAAGGAAAAUUUAUAGAGAAAGCUUCGGUGUCCAUUCCGUUUCCAAACAACUGUGCUUGUUAUGACGAUCUUGGAAGGAUUUACAAUCUGAAGACAUUACAAAAUAUUGACGAGACUGCAAGGUUUGCAAAGUCCUAUCCUAGGCAUAUUUAAUUGAAAUUGAAAUUUGUUGUCUAUGUUGCCAACUUUCUUUUGUCCCUCUGUCUUUUUCCAAGAGUUGUCUGUAGACGUGAGUUCUUUCUUUUUUUUUUUGUAUUUUUUUUAAAGGGAAAACAAUUUGAAGACACGUAGUAUUUAUUUGAAUUUCUGUUUUAGUCUUAAGGCAGAGAGCAUCAAAUACCAUGGCCAUCGAUACUCCUACAAUCCUUGUUCUCCCUUCAAGCUAGGACCAAUGGAUGGCAACUGUCAGCGGGAUGUGGCGGUAGGAAAAUAGCUCAACUAAUCAAAGAAUUCUGUUUGUAGUCUAGAACACGUAAACAUGUAGAAUUUUAGAUUGCCCAAUUUGUGUUUUUUUCAGUGUAGCGACAACUACACUGAGCCGUCAUCUACUUAAUCACCGUGUCGUCUUCAUGCAAAAUGUUUAAAUUCGGUUUAUCAAAGGACUUUUAUUUUUUCUGUAAGCGUCACUGUAGAUGAGAAGUUGCAAAAGGCAUUUGAAAGGGCGCGGCAUAACAGGCCAGUCUAUCUAGGAGAAUGCUCCUCGUAGAGGGCCCAUAUUUGCUCUUCAAAAUGAAACAUAAUGAUGCAUGUUAUGUCUUCUUGAUCUUUGUCUCAGACUGUUUCAGAUUUGCUGGUGGACUCCACCAGCUUCAUAUCAAACAAUUGGAAUGCAGGGAAGGGCAAGAUGUCACAUGAACAAAGCGACCAAAAAGCCGUCUUUGGUGUAUAAGUCUCGGUAAAGAGUCAACGGAUAAAAUUUUAUAGUUGAAAAAUUUAACUGAAAGUCCAUCAAGGAUCGUUAAUCGUGAUAACAGGCUGAUUGGAUUAAAGAGUCGUUGAAAUAAGAGCUUCGUUUUCGUUUGAUGAUAAAAAGGAAAAAAAAAGAGAAAAGUGUUGAUAGCGUUACGGAGACUAUUCCUUAUUAAAUGUGCCUUUGCAUCGCGGGGUUUUUACCCUAGUGUGAUAAAAUACGAUUUCAAGCUACGUUUCGAUAAAACGCAGGUCUUCAUGUAAGCUACCUGUCAUGCUAUUAUAUUUCAUAUUAAUACUAAAUUCGCAAUUUUGUAGAGACUUCCCACAUAAAUCAGCCACUGUCACACUGAAGUGUGCUGAAAACAAGAAAAGCAAAGAUGAUGCCGAAUUUGAAGUACUUGACGAAGAUAACGGGGUACGUAAAGUUUGUCUAAGCAUUCGCUGACACGUUAAUUCUUUAGUAAAUACUUUGAAAUCUGCACUGGCUUACUAUCCCUUUUUUUUUGGUUAUGAAAAUCAGAUUUACACUUGUUGAGUAAUGUUCUAGAAAACUCCAAAAUAUUCCCGACUGUUCCGUGAUUUACUUCAUCAUACUUAGUAAUACCAAUACUGAUUUAUGAAUAUAAAGAGUAUAUUACCAUUAAGCAUAAUUGUUAAGUAGAGCCCAUAUCAAGCAGUUGUUGUUAUCUCUCGAUAAGCUGUCAUUAAAGCUGUGUCACAUGCCACAAUGCAAGUAACCGCUUCAACAACAAUUACUGUGGUUUAUGAAGAACGCCUAUCAAUCCUUUAUCGCUAUUUAAAACAUGUAAAAUAUGCAUUUUAAAGGCAAGAUUCCUUUAUAAGUGCAUUAAUCAGGAAAUCAUAUUCUUAUCUUUUUCAAACCUUCAGAUAUUUCAGUUGACCCACCUAUGCGCAUGUGGGAAUGGUUGUCCAACAAAAUCUCCGAAUCCUCAUUGUAAGUUUAAUUAUGUACAAUGACUUCAUAGACACGCUGAUUGAAACGGCGAAUUCUCUUCACAUGAUUUUAUCGAGCACCAUUGAUUAAUCCUCACUGACUAGGCAUUUCAAUCCUAUUCUCGAAGUUGGAAAUUUUUAGAACGCCUUAACUGUUUACUCAAAAAGUGUGUCGAACCCAAAACGGAAAAAGCAAACAAACAAACAAAUAAACAAACAAAGAAUAUGUCAGAAUUCGAAAAUUAGUUGUCUGAUAAAGAAAAUUCCUGCAAAUCUUCAUGUGGGCUUUUCAGAAUUUUGGUCCAAAGAAAAAGCAGCGCUUUAUAAUAAAAGUUCAUGUCCAUCUCGACAUUUCCUUUAUUUAGACGCAGCCAAUUCGAAAAAAGUCAUAGUUCCAGUUGUUGCCACUGUUGGUCCUCUCACCCUCAUGAUCGUCCUAUGGUUUGUUUGGCGCCAUUUGAGGAGACAUUAUAGGAACAACGACGAUGGCCAAAAUCUUAUAGACGAACAAUACCACAACCAAUUUGAGUAGCAAAACAUAUAGUUUUCAUGUUAUUAGGAACCAGGAUUGCCGUCCAUGGAUCAGAAAUUAGUAAGCUUAUGAAUAACAACUGUAAGAUAAAUAUUGUUAAAAGACGAAAUUGGCAUCUAACAAGAAUUUUCAUAAUAGGUGUUUUUUUAAUAAAAUAUUACCAUAAGCCAUUCCGUAAAAAUAACACAGUUGAUCAUUUCUUAUUCCUUUUGGCGGUCUUAUUUUAACACGUUCGACACCUCUUUUUCUUAGAGGUGACUUAAGGUGUAAACAUGUAGUACUCCAUCCUCCGCGCUGAAUUUAUAAUGAGGAAACUUAUACGAAAAGCACAUUGGAGGCGGUUCCUUAGCGGUACCUUAGUAAGUCUUUUAAAGAUAAUUAUUGUAUUGUCUAUUGGAGCUUAAGUCGCUCCUAAAUAAGAAUAUUACUCGGCGUUUAAGAAAGUAGCUGUCCGAGUUUGUAAAAUUGUUCUUUCGGUCGGUGGAAUCAUACCGUAACAUAGGUUAGAUCAGUAAGCAUUAGAAGCAUUAGAAUCUUAUUGAAGUUUCCUCAAACAGUCAAACAGGACCUUCGUUUUUACGGGAAAAGGGAUGAAAAAGUUGAGAAAUCAAUACAAAGUAAAGAAUUAAUAAAUUAAUUAGCGUGAAAGAACUGGCACUGUCUUGACAAUACCACCACAUAAAUCGUAUAGUAUCAAAUUAAAUGAUAUUUUUAAAAUUGAUGGAUGGGGGCUUAAUUACUCCGCUAACGCCCCUUCUCCUCUUCCGAUGAUAUUUACGUUCAUGAAACACCUCUACCACUUCAAAAUAACGUCUCCUGGUUCCUUGCUUAUGUGUGCAGCCAGCAUAUAUUUCUUUGGAAAUCGUGGUUCCAAUCGCUGGGGACCUUUGACUAGUUGGCUCAUUGGCAACUCUGAAGAAAUACUGGAAAAGGUGGAAAAUGAUUAACCGCAACACUGAACAAAGCUCAAGAAGAUGAAGAUAGGCGACGACUGCGACAAGACGGUCCUGACCGGGAAGGUGCCUGUAUAAUUUGCAAUUUGCCUCAAGAACCAAGAUUUGUAAGGGAGGUUAACCCUCACUACGCCCCUACGAAGCAUAUGCGAUAAUCCUAGAAGCUUAAUAUCUGAGUAUCUAUUGUUAAGCUGUCCCAUAGGAUGAAUUCCUCAAUAGGAGCACCAAAUUAUCGUCCCCUUGAAAGAACUUGCUAAAAAUCAAAGUCUAUUAUUUGCGAGAUAGGGAUAUCCGCCAUUAAUAAGCUUUUACUUAGUGGAAUUCUACGGAUGCCACCUUUUUUUACAUGGUCACUAGUAUUUUGGAUGGAGCUCAAAUUUCGUAACCAAUCACUUUUGAUCCAUAGCAGAAGGGGUGAUAUUUACUACGCAUUUAAUGACAUUGCUUCAAAGGCCAAAUAAUUUCAUUAAGGAGGAGUGUAGUUAGAUUAUGAAGUUCUAGUGUUUACAAUGCGUUGCUAUUGAAAGUUAUGUUACUAUUGCUCGUCAAGUUGGCUUUUAAGUAAUCUUUCAAUUGUAAGUAAUUAAUGCAUGAACUGUGAUUUAUUUGGGACUCUGAACUAGGAAAAGUAGGCAUUGUUCGGAAGGUGAGCGAUUAACACACAAACGAGUGUGCGGGAGAAAAUCUAGCUAAGGUUAAUGAAGAUAAAAUUUUUAAUGGAGGAUCUGAAUUUUAUUAGUAAUUGAAAAGAAAUUAAAACCAUAACUGUACAUUAAGUUAAUGCCUUAUCAAUUUAGUCUCAGUACCAAGAAAGGAGCUUAUUUGGUGCAAGGAACUAAAAGGAACUAAAAGAUCCAGCUGAAUGACAUUGGGUUCAGAUGGCUAUUGGAGCCUUGACUAUAACUUUUGGAAGAGCAAAUGCAUACGUGUAAUUUCAAUUUAUUAAUUUCUGUACGCACCAG